AUGCAGAGGAAGGACGACAAACAAGCAUCCGAGAAGCCUGUGUCUUUAUCCAUUCAGAGUGUGGAAGGUGAUGAUGAUGAGGAGACUGCCAUUUUCUCCGGAUCUCAACCCGAUAAUCUCACAUAUCUGCGAAAUCAAGCGACGUUUAUUGAUGAUGGCUCUACUAGCGCGGGAGAUGACUUUUCUCAUUUGGUGGCUCAUCAUGCUUCACACAAUAGAAGGGCUUCAAAUGACAGAAUGCUUUCGAUGCAUCUUAGCCAAUGGAAUUAUAACAAUAACCGAGUGGGACUAAGUCGAGGAAUAACUAACUCGGAAGAGCUUUUGAACGAAUUGGCCGAAGAGAAUGGACAGAGGUCCAUUUUCGUUCCACUCGACGAACCCAGAGCAACAUUACACAUCUUAGACGUCAGGCUGAAACUUGACAACGGGAAACACAGUAAAGUUGAUUUGGACAAAAAUGCGGUAGCCAAGCUUUUCAAGAUGAGAACUUUAGCGGCUCUGAAACAUUUAAAGUCUUUGCAAAAGCGAGUCGACGAUACUUCCUCAAAAGUGUUUAUCACAGGUGAUUUAAAUGCCGGAAAAUCGACUUUCUGCAAUGCACUUCUCAGACGUAACAUAUUGCCUGUGGAUCAACUUCCAUGUACCAAUGUUUUCUGUGAGAUUUUAGAGGCCAGGGAAAACUCAGAUGUUGAAGAAGUUCACGCCAUUCCCAUUGAAGCAGCCGCGACUGUUCAAGAAGCAACAGAAAAGUAUAACAUACGCGACAAAUCAACCUAUAAGAGCUUCGCACUAAAAGAACUACCAGACCUGGUUUACAGAAGUGACGAAUACUCCCUGCUUAAGAUAUACAUUAAGGACAACAAAAGACCAGCAGAGUCAAGUUUGUUAAGAAAUGGUACCGUAGAUAUUUCCCUUAUUGACUCUCCAGGUCUUAACAUGGAUUCCAUACAGACUACAGAGGUCAUGUCAAGGCAGGAAGAGAUUGACCUGGUUAUUUUCGUGGUCAACUCAGAGAACCAACUGACCCUCUCGGGAAAGGAAUUCAUCUCUGUCGCGUCUCGCGAGAAAAAGCUCAUGUUCUUUGUUGUCAAUAAAUUUGAUCAAAUUAGAGAUAAGAAUAGAUGCAAGAGGCUAAUCUUGGAUCAAAUAAAAUCAAUCUCCCCAGAGUCCCACAAAAACUCAACCGAAUUCGUCCAUUUUGUGUCUAGUGACUCAAAACCUCAACAUCCGAGCGACGAUGAUCCCAGCGAUGACGACUUUGAUCGAGACGAAGAUCCAGAUUUUGAUAGUCUUGAGAGCUCUUUGCGCAAUUUCUUGCUGAAGAAGAGAUCUCUUUCAAAGCUACAGCCGGCGAAGACAUACUUGGUCAAACUUUUGCAAGAUAUGAAUCAUAUUGCUCAAUGGAACUUGGAUCUGUAUCAGACCGAGAAUGGCAGUUUUGAAGAGGAAUUGAAGAAAAUACAACCAGAACUAAAAACUACCACCGAUGAGUUCCGCAGCUUGACUGAUCGCGUCGACAAAAUCGUCGCAGCCAGCGUCAGCGAAGUUUACGAAUUCACAAAAAACAGGAUUAACUCGUGCCUAGAAAGCAUGGCCGAUGAGCGACCCAUCUACGAGGGUAUUUCUACGCUUCACGACUAUGUCUUCCGCACCCGCCAAUUCAUUAUAGACCAGGUACAAUCAAGCGUGGAGAGCAGUGAAAUGUAUUCAAGGGCCGAAACUGAGCGCGUUGUGAAGGAAAUCAACACCCUUGGCCGAAAAGAACUUGGAGACAACUUCAUGUCUAAUCGCGCAUUGAAAAGCGAUUUGAUGUUCACGAAGAGAAAGCAUCUACAGCUACGGAAGUUAAAUGUAGCAUUCGAUUUAAUGGAUUUUUUCUCACCUACUUGGGAAGGCUUUUUCCGGUAUUUGAGCUGGGGUUCCGACGUUGAAACAGAAACCGGGAAUCAAAUUUCCAAAGACGAUUUAUCUCUAUGGCAAACAAUUUUAGGCAUAAACUCCAAAUCACUCACAAAGUAUUGGACAACUCCUUCAUUGGUGCUAACGUCUAAAAUUCCUGCAUUGGCCGUGUACUCUUGGGGAGGGGCUAGGGUUAUCGCGAAUGUUUUCGUUUACGGUUCCCGAUUUUUCUCUCUUCAAUCGAUAAGAACUCUCUCGACUUAUGCACUCUUGGUGGGUUCCGUCUUGGGUGUUGCAUACAUUGUUCAUGAUCUACCACGUGCGCUACCGAUGAACUUGUCUAUGAAGUACCAUCGAAAACUCGCGAGGCUCGACUACGCACACUCCAAUUCGAAGCGUAUUUCUGAUGAAAUGCGCGACGUUUUGAAAUUCCCCACGCGUGAGAUUGUCAAGUCUUGCGAGGCUGUCAUCGACAAAAAACAGGCUGCUAAGAGAGACAUCGAAGACAAACUCCAUAUGAACAAUCUCUCAAUGAAAUUUUUCAGAACAUUCUUGAAGCGAGCGACCGAACAAUUGAAUCUCGUGGAGGAGAUCAACCUCGAUGUGGACUAA